UCAUUUCUGGAUUUCUUCCCGUCUAUUCCACUUGUCGAUCUCUUUGUAUUUAUAUGCUCUCCACUGCUUUUUCGGAAUCCCAUUCUCUCUAGCUUUCUCACUCAUCCUCAGUGUGUCUGAAACUCGAGCAGAAAGACAAGAAGGAAAAUGGGUAGUCUUGAAGCGGAGAGAACAACUGUGGGAUGGGCUGCAAGAGACUCUUCUGGGAUUCUCUCACCUUACACCUAUAAUCUUAGGAGCACAGGGCCAGAAGAUGUUUAUAUCAAAGUCCUGAACUGUGGAAUUUGCCAUUCUGAUCUUCACCAGAUCAAAAACGAACUUGGCCAGUCAAAUUAUCCCAUGGUUGCAGGGCAUGAAGUUGUUGGUGAAGUUUUGGAGGUGGGAUCAGAUGUGACCAAGUUCAAAGUAGGAGAUGUUGUCGGAGUUGGACUCCUUGUAGGUUGCUGCAGAAACUGCAACCCAUGCAAGACAGAGAAUGAGCAAUACUGCAACAAGAAGAUCUGGUCUUACAAUGACACUUACUCCGAUGGCAAGCCCACCCAAGGUGGCUUUGCCAAAUCCUUGGUGGCCGACCAAAAGUUUGUUGUGAAUAUACCGGAGGGCAUGGAGCCGGAGCAGGUGGCGCCGCUGCUUUGUGCGGGAGUGACAAUUUACAGCCCACUGAGGCACUUUGGUCUGGAUGUGAGUGGAUUAAGGGGAGGAAUAUUGGGACUUGGAGGUGUGGGACACAUGGGGGUGAAGAUAGCAAAGGCCAUGGGACACCAUAUCACUGUGAUAAGCUCUUCCGAUAAGAAGAGACAAGAGGCUUUAGAGGAUAUUGGUGCUGAUGAGUACUUGGUGAGCUCUGAUGUCACCAAAAUGCAAGAGGCUAUGGACUCAAUGGAUUACAUUAUUGACACUAUUCCUGUGUUCCACCCUCUUGAGCCUUACCUCUCUUUGUUGAAACUUGAUGGGAAAUUGAUCUUGAUGGGUGUUAUCAACACCCCUUUGCAAUUUGUCUCUCCAUUGGUCAUGCUUGGGAGGAAGACAAUCACCGGGAGCUUUGUGGGGAGCAUGAAGGAGAUGGAGGAAAUGCUCGAGUUCUGCAAAGAGAAAGGACUAAAAUCGAUGAUCGAAGUGGUUAAGAUGGACUACAUCAACGAAGCCUUCGAAAGGUUGGAGAAGAACGACGUUAGGUACAGGUUCGUUGUGGACGUUGCGGGCAGCAAUCUGGAUCAAUGAGUCACUGAAGAUAAUCCUUCGUUGUCGAGUACCCUGUCCCUCUUAUCUUAAACAGUACAAAUAAACAAGAUAAACAAAGGGGGGAAAAAAACAAAAACAAAAACGGUGGCUUCAUGUAAUUGGAUGUUGGUUUGGUUUUCAAUACUUGAAUCAAUGGUGUAGUGCAUUGUGAUUGUGUUGAUGGGACAUUGUUAUCCGGUGUGUGGUUGACACUGAAAGGUACCAAACCUCGUUUGAGAAUUGCGCCUUGUCAAAACAAAUAAA